CACUGUCAGAUUUGAAUUUCCGUCUGUUGCUUGUUGUUGUUCAUUUCAUCGAUUGUACAAAGAAACUAGUUUUGUGAUUGAUUGCAAAGCUAUUUCUAUUAAGAUGAAUAAAGAAAAACUUAGCAGUGAUCAAGUGCCUCAAAAAUUCGCAGAAUGGCUGCUAUCCAUGGGAUGUCCGCAGGACAAAGUGCCUACGGUAGACAAACUUGCCGAGAUGUGCCGAGGUCAGUAUUACAUGGUAUGGCGCAGUCUAAUGGAGCAUGUAGAGCCUAAGGAUGCUAUUCGGAGCAAGCGCCUGCAGGUCUUUGUCAAUGACAUGCAACGCUGCCAGAAAAAUAAUGCAUUCUCCAAGGCUGACUCAAGCAUAGUGGUACCAGAGGAGCUUGCACUAUGGAGACAACAGAAAGCUUUGAGAGAAAAAGUAAAAGACGCAGAAGCCAGAGUACUAGAGGCUCGGCAGGGGCUUAACCAACUCGUAGACAAAGUUUCUAGCAGAUUAUCUCAACGAAACUUGGCCCGGGAACGAGUACACGCGGCCCAGCGUCGCGCCUGGCUACUACAGCAGCUGGCUGAAGAGUUGAGGGCCAAGAAGGACAAUCUCGGUGAAGCCAAGAACAUUGCUGACUCACUGGCCACCGUUGAAGAUUGCAGUGAUAUUGAGAGCAAGCUGGACAAGGUGACCAGUCGCCCUCAGAAUAAUCGCGCAGCCCUAUCUGUGACCGUGGCUCCGCUCGCGAGUUCUUCUAUCGCCUCCAACAAUACUGAACUUAAUGACUCUGAAGAGCAACUAUCGUCCCUAGUGAAAUGCGGGGCUUCGCUUUGGCCGCAGUUGUGUGAAAGGCGCGCUUCACUCGUCACUUCACUCUCUGCAGCCACUGUACAAGAUACUACGGAAAACAAGAGGGUAACACCACAAUGGGUGCUGGCACAUACAUCCGCCAUGCAUUGCUCGCUCGCUCUCAACGCGAUGAAGAACAAACUACACAUUAAACACACGCAGAACAAAUUGGCUGAAACUCUUGCGCAGCUCAACCUAUCAGGCGCAUCGUGCGAGCUGGCCGUGCUCCUCGCGGCCCGCGCGUGCAGCGGAGCUCGCGCCGCUAGUCUGCGAGCCCUGCACGGCCAUGUCACGUCACGCGCUGGUCUGUUCGACGCACCGGAGCACCAACUCCCGGCUAGCGGUGCUAGAGGACAUAUUGCUGCACUUGAUAAGGCUAUUAUAAGCAAACGUGAGGAGUUGAAGAGGCUGAUAACAUCAUUAGCUAUAACUGAUCGUAAAAUACUGAAUGUGAGGGAGUGCCUUAUAAAUGUGUUCAACAACUUUCACGCGGACACCGGCUUCAAUGACCACGAACGAUUCCCAGGUCAACUGUCACUGCCAUCGGAGUCAGUUGGAGCUCUCCGACGUUUCUACGAAGAGUGGAGGGAGAGGUGCAGGAACAGAGUCAACUUGAGCAUGGACCUUGACACAUCUGACAACUGUUCUUAUAACUCAGAAAACGCGAUUCCAACGUUCAUUGAUGAGCUUAAAAUUUACAUGAAGAAUUUCUGUCUGGAACACAAUAGAAAAUUGGUUUUAGAUAGCGGUGAAAAGAUUUGGAUUUUCGAAACGCUACAAUCUUCAAUCGAGCGCUUACAUUCGAGUUGGCAACGCGAUGACGUCACAAGUUCCCUACUCUGCCCGUCUGUCAGUCUUUCGAAGAAUCUAGAACGUUUGAUACUUCUGAUGAAGAAAAAAGAAGAUGCGGCAGCAUUCUUGAAGGAGCUGGAGUGUAAUCAGACUAAGGGACUGGCAAUAGAUAUCUCAGCAGAAAUAGACGAAGAACAGAACACAAUUGACAAAAUUAAGAAAAAACUCAACGAGAAUAUCAUUGGCCUUCAAAAGAGCACUAAAACUCUCGACUUGGGUAUGGAAAACCUUCAACUUUGGUCGGACAAUAGUCUAAAGAAACAUAUAUCUUGUAACAGAACUGUGGAUGGGAAGACUUACAAAGAGUAUGAGGCUUACUAUAUAGAGAAUCUUAACAUGUGAAAAUAUAAUAAUAAAAACGUAUAAUCGACAA